GUGGCUCGUAAUGAAAGUUAGUUUGACACCCCUACCCUAAGGUUCAGAUCUCUAUUUUAACCACCUCCCAUCCGUCAUAUAGAUGUCAUAUGACGUCCUCCCGUUCUAACCGCGCAUGCGUGGCUCGGAGCUGCAGAGCGGCGAUCGGUGGUGCCCUGUGUCCCUCGGACACAGGAGAUCAACAGAAAGAGCCAAAGAUCAGUGCCACCUGUUAGUGUCCAUCAAUGCCAGCUGUCAGUGCUCAUCCAUGCCACCUGCCAGUGCCACAUCAAUGCCACAUAUCAGUGCCUACCAAUGCACAUCAAUGCCACAUUUUAGUGACCAUCUGAGCUGCCUUUCAGUGUCACCCAUCAGUGCCAUCUAUCAGUGCCGCCUAUCAGUGCUGCCAAUCAGUGCCAGUCAGUGCCGUAUCAGUGCCAUAUAUGAGUGCUGCCUUUCAGUGCCCAUCAGUGAUGCCUGUCAAUGCCCAUCAGUGCCACCUACCAGUGCCUCCUCAUCAGUGCCACCUAUCAGUGCCCAUCACUGCAGCCUCAUUAGCGUACAUCAGUGAAGGAGAAAAAUCACUUAUUUAUAAAAUUGUAUAGCAAAAACUAAGAAAAAGCUUUUUUUUUUCAAACUUUUCAGUGGUUUUUGGUUUAAGAAAAAAUAA